CAGCAAGGCGGCGGGAACGCUAGCGAGGGAACGCGACGGGUAGCCGAUACACGCCCCCCCAGCCAUCCACAUCCAUUCAUCCAUCCAUCAAAGCCCUUCUAUCGCAUCCGCUCCUUCCAUCCAGCAUCCCCUCGACGAUUGCAUCGACUACCGACGAAUACCAUCCAUCCAUCCAUUCUGACCACCCGUUUGAUCUGAGCCGGCGAUGAACCCCGAGGAAACGGAUGAGAGCUUGUACCCCAUCGCGGUCCUGAUUGAUGAGCUAAAACACGAAGAUGUCACUUUGCGUCUCGGUGCUAUGCGCCGUCUGAGCACAAUUGCUCUUGCAUUGGGCCCUGAACGUACGCGUGAAGAACUGAUACCCUUCCUUGAAGACUCGAUUGAUGAUGAGGACGAAGUGUUGUUGGCGUUGGCGGACGAGCUUGGAAACUUUGUUGAUUACCUGGGCGGACCUCACUACGGACAUCUGUUACUCCCAACUCUGGAGACUUUGGCCGCUGUGGAGGAAACCGUCGUGAGGGACAAGGCUGUGGAGUCAAUUGCAAAGAUUGGGGUAGUUCUUAGCCAGCAACAGAUAGAAGAGCAUUACAUCCCUAUGGUUAAAAGGUUGUCCAUCGGAGAUUGGUUCACAAGUCGGACGAGUGCGUGCGGAUUGUACGCGCCUAUAUAUAAACUCUCCACUCCCGCCACACAAGAAGAAUUGCGGAGACUGUACGCGCAGCUCUGCCAUGAUGAUACACCAAUGGUCCGGCGAGCGGCUGGAACACAUUUGGCGAAAUUGACAAAACAAGUGUCCAAAGAUAACGUAUUGUCUGAAAUGAUUCCCCUUUUCAAAAACUUGGCCGCGGAUGAGCAGGACUCUGUUCGGCUUCUGACUGUGGAGAGCUUGAUUGCAAUUGCAGAAGUUCUGACACCCGAUGAAAACAAAACCCAAAUCCUUGAUACCUUGCGUACCAUGUGCACGGACAAAUCCUGGAGAGUACGAUAUAUGAUCGCUGACAAAUUUGUGCAGCUGGCAAAAGCAGUUGGGGCGGAUAUUGUACGAGAGGAAUUGAUCACGGCUUUCGUGCAUCUUCUGAAGGAUGGGGAGGCUGAAGUUCGAACGGCCGCUGCAGGCCAGGUUCCAGGCUUCAGCACGUUGAUCGAUCAGGACUCCGUAUUGCGGGAGAUUCUACCAUGCGUGAAGGAACUCGUGACUGACACUUCUCAACAUGUCCGCGCCGCUCUUGCUACCCAAAUCAGCGGUCUUGCACCCUUCCUUGGAAAAGACAACACCAUCGAACACCUCCUCCCCUUAUUCUUGCAAUUACUAAAGGACGACGCACCGGAAGUCCGUCUGAACAUCAUUUCCAAGCUGGAUCGCGUGAAUGAAGUUAUCGGCAUUGAUCUCUUGUCUCAGUCCCUUUUACCGGCCAUCGUAGAGCUGGCAGAGGAUAAGCAGUGGCGUGUGCGAUUGGCUAUUAUUGAAAACAUCCCCCUUCUGGCGAAACAGUUGGGCGUAGAAUUCUUUGACGAAAAACUAGGAAAUUUGUGCAUGUCAUGGCUCGGUGAUUGCGUGUUUUCAAUCCGUGAGGCUGCGACGAUAAACCUGCGAAAGCUGACGGAGGUGUUCGGAGUGGAAUGGGCGAAACAGACAAUUAUUCCCAAGAUCCUCCAGAUGGCUCAACAUCAAAACUAUCUUUAUCGCAUGACCACCGUUUUUGCGUUGACGACGUUAGCACACGCUUCCAACGGGGAGACUUUGAGAGAGUUCAUCUUGCCUACCAUUGGCAACUUGGCUAAUGACCCUAUCCCCAAUAUUCGAUUCAAUGUGGCGAAAUCUCUUGAACAAAUUAUUCCCCUGGCGCGGAAAGCAAAUCUUUCCACUGCGGUUAAUGAUCAGAUCAAGCCUGCGUUGGCGAAACUUGCAGAGGACAGUGACGUUGAUGUGAGGUAUUUUGCCCAACGUGCGACGACAGCUGCGUGAGCGAAUGACGAUAUCUCUCUAGUUGUAUGGAGAGUCGUGAUGUGUUAAGUCUAUGGACAACCAAUGAACGAAGUUCAUCUGUACAGAAUAAAAAAUGAAAAUCUACUAGUUCUGCCUAAUCUAUCUAAAA